AUGAAAAGUGGAGCAUGUUGCAGAUGUGGUUCCUUCAACCAUUAUCUUAGAGAUUGCCUUGAGAAGUCCGAGAAAGAGAAAGCUCAAACCACGAGGCCAAUCAAUAUUAUUGCAAGAGGUAGACCACCUCAUAAUCCUGGAAAUGUGAGUGGUAGCCGUGGUGUAACGAAAGACUUUACUAUGAGAUCCAAGGCACGAGCACCAGCUAAAGCUUAUGCUAUUCACGCACGUGAAGAUGCUUCUGCGCCAGAUGUUAUUAUCAAUACUUUUUCUCUCUAUAAUACUGAUGUAACUGCUUUGAUUGAUCCUGGAUCAACCCAUUCAUAUGUUUGUACGAAUUUAGUGUCUAGUAAGAAUUUACCUGUUGAAGUAUUGAACCCCUUAGGUCAGUAUGAUCUAGUUGAUAAAGUUUGCAAGAAUUGUCAUUUGAUGACUCGGGGUUACAGUUUUUCGGUCGAUUUGAUGUUAUUAUCGUUUGAUGAAUUCAAUGUGAUUUUGGGCAUGAAUUGGCUAACUCUGCAUGAUGCUGUUGUAAACUGUAGACGAAAGCUUAUCAUAUUAAAAGGUCAGAACGGUGAGAAGCUUUGUAUUGAAUCAGAUAGUUUGAGCGGGUUACCUAUUGUAAUAUCAGCUAUGUCAGCACAGAAAUAUAGGAAUUGUCUGGAUUACAAUACAACAUCGAUAUCGAUAGCACCUUACAUCUGA